GCUGAGAGCACCCAGCUCAUAGAUUCUCUGUGGGGAGAGCGAAUAAAGACUAAAGGUGGAGCUAGAGGAAAAUGAAUUUAAUGUGAAGUAGUGCCCCUGUCAGUUCUGUUUGUCCUGGGAAAUACACAAGGAAGAAAAGCCUCCGUGGAAGACAGAGGAAGCACCAGGUGCUGAAGGUUUUCACUGAAAACCCAAACCAAGAAAUAGCAACACGUCUAGAAUUCUUACUACUACAAAACUCACCUGGAUACUCUAAGGACAGAGGAAAGAAUGAGCUAUUACGGUAGCAGCUAUCAUAUCGUAAAUGUGGAUGCAAAAUACCCAGGCUACCCACCAGAGCACAUUAUAGCUGAGAAGAGAAGAGCAAGAAGACGGUUGCUUCACAAAGAUGGCAGCUGUAAUGUCUACUUCAAGCACAUUUUUGGAGAAUGGGGAAGCUAUGUGGUCGACAUUUUCACCACUCUCGUGGACACCAAGUGGCGCCAUAUGUUUGUGAUAUUUUCUUUGUCUUAUAUUCUCUCCUGGUUGAUAUUUGGCUCUGUCUUUUGGCUCAUAGCCCUUCAUCAUGGUGAUCUACUAAAUGAUCCAGACAUCACACCUUGCGUUGACAAUGUCCAUUCUUUCACAGGAGCCUUUUUGUUCUCCCUUGAGACCCAAACCACCAUAGGAUACGGUUAUCGCUGUGUUACUGAAGAAUGCUCUGUGGCAGUGCUCAUGGUGAUCCUCCAGUCCAUCUUAAGUUGCAUCAUAAACACCUUUAUCAUUGGAGCUGCCUUGGCCAAAAUGGCAACUGCUCGAAAGAGAGCCCAAACCAUUCGUUUCAGCUACUUUGCACUUAUAGGCAUGAGGGAUGGGAAGCUUUGUCUCAUGUGGCGCAUUGGUGAUUUUCGGCCAAACCACGUGGUAGAAGGAACAGUUAGAGCCCAACUUCUUCGUUACACAGAAGAUAGUGAAGGGAGGAUGAUGAUGGCAUUUAAAGACCUCAAGUUAGUCAAUGACCAGAUUAUCCUGGUCACUCCAGUAACUAUUGUCCAUGAGAUUGACCAUGAGAGCCCUCUGUAUGCCCUUGACCGCAAAGCAGUCGCCAAAGAUAACUUUGAGAUUUUGGUGACAUUUAUCUACACUGGUGAUUCCACUGGAACAUCUCACCAAUCUAGAAGCUCCUAUGUUCCCCGAGAAAUUCUCUGGGGCCAUAGGUUUAAUGAUGUCUUGGAAGUUAAGAGGAAGUAUUAUAAAGUGAACUGCUUACAGUUUGAAGGAAGUGUGGAAGUCUAUGCCCCCUUUUGCAGUGCCAAGCAACUGGACUGGAAAGACCAGCAGCUCCACAUAGAGAAAGCACCACCAGUUCGAGGAUCCUGCACAUCAGACACCAAGGCAAGACGAAGGUCAUUUAGUGCAGUUGCCAUUGUUAGCAGUUGUGAAAACCCUGAGGAAACCACCACUUCUGCCACACCUGAGUAUAGGGAACCACCUUAUCAGAAAGCUCUCCUGACUUUAAACAGGAUCUCUGUGGAAUCCCAAAUGUAGUUCUAAAUUGUGAUUAUGAAGGCGACCACUAGAUCAUUUUAUCUUCCAGCCAGUCACCAUAGACAAGUCAUUGUAAACGUGGCUUCUUUUUUGAAAAACGUGGUAUAGCUAUGUUUUAUGAUGAUGCUGGGUAAGUAGAGUAAGUUAAACUUGGUAAAAGAUAAUCUAAAAAUUCCAUAGCUCUCAAUUAUUAAAUAUUUUCUGGUUAGCCAAUUUUGUAUUAAGAAUGCUAUUAAGAAGCCUAAUUGAUUAAAAUUUAUCUUUUUUAUCUUAUAUGUUUGUAUCUUCAGUUGGAGGUAUAGUAUUCAAAAAUGGGGAAUGAAGGCAGGAAGGAGGCUGGAAUAAAUAAAAAUAAAAUGACAAUGAAACCAGCAUAAAUAAUACAUGUUUAAAUAUGUCAGCAUUGAUAAUGCUAUGAAGAUUUCCUAUAAAAAGUAUCAUAUGUAACCAGGAUAUGCAAAAGAUACUUUGAGUAAGCUGUGAUGUUGAGACACAUAACUGUGAGAUCAGCUUACCAGUUUAAGUCACCAGGCUGCCUCUUGGACUGUCUUGGUUUCAGCAAGCAUAGUGAGUGGCUGUAACAAAUUGUCCAUGCCUCCAAUUCCACUGCCACUUGCCAGUGAGUGAUCAAUGGGUGCUAGAAGCUAUGUUUUCUCUAACCGAUGAGGCAGAAAAAAAGUUGACAGUAUUUAGAGCAGCAUUUCUCUCUUAAAUUCCCUGGUUGAUUCCAACAAAUAGAGAGCAGAAACAAGGCAACCAUGACUUUUCCAGGUUUUCUGAGAAGGGGAUUUUCUAUGUUCAUGUCCCACUUUCUUCCAGAACGUGACCAAGGGACAAGAUCAUACAGAUGAAGUGAGGGGAUGGUUAGCAGUGAUAAACAGUCUCAGAUACUUGGAGAGAAACUGUUGCUAGUUUGCUGGUCCCAAAAGAUUGCAACUUUGGCUGCUACAUAAAGAAUAGAAACCUUUUCCGGGGAAGGUGGAGAGGGAGAUAAUUAUUUGUGCCCAUAAGCAGUUAUGUAUUCUUCCUGUCUUGGUUACCGUAUAAGACACAAAUGAUUGAGCUGGAUUGCAGGAAACCCCACUAUUGAACUUGGAACAACCAUUUAAAUGAAGGAAUUUGUGAGAUAGAAUUUAAUUAAACUGAUUUUAAUGCACAAUAAGUGGAGAAUCUGAGUACAAUGAAGUUUCUUUAAUUUUAGAACAUAAGUUUGUAUACUCUAUUUUCAUGUUAAAAGAUGUUAAUCAUGAUCACUUUAAGCCCACAUCCACUGGCCUGUGAGUAAAGAGUCACUUUAAACUUUCUGAAUCAAAGAGAUAUUAGGUAUAUUUAGGAACAUUCAGAAUUAUUUGUAUUUUGUUUCUGUUUUAUGUUGUUGCUGCACUGGAAAUUAGUACGUGCCACAGUUUAUUUGUUUAUUUUAUUUAAGUACCUGCACACAGACACAUACACACAGUGUUUGCUUUUUCUGGAAAAUACUUCUUUUUCUCUCUCUCCAUUUAAAUUAAAACACACAAGUAAAUGAACUGAAUUACAUAGUUCAAGAUUAUAAAUAAAAGUAAAAUAUAUAGUUAUAGGUAUGUAGAGUGCUUUUCUGUUUUCUUUUCUUUUCUGUUUUGCACAUGUGCAAUCUUUUAUUCCUCUUGUUUUAUGGAUAAGAGAUUUGUUCAGGUCAAAAGUUGCAAAACUCUUCUGAAGCUUAAUAUUAGAGACCCAAGUAAUGAUCGUUUUUAGUCUUGUUUGAGGAACGUAAACUCCAUUUAAAAAAUUAUGCACACUGUAGAUUUGGAUUUUACAGCAGCAAUUACUUGGCUAAAUAAGAGUACUGCAAUAUUGUAAGUAGAAAAUAGCCACCAAGACAAUAAACAAAAAUGUUUUAAAACUUUUUUAGUCUGUUUUACCUACAUCUAGUUUCAUUUCACCUUGCUUUGUUGACUCUGUUACCACUGACAUUUGCCUUGUCAGUAUCAGAAUGGGAGCAUCAGUGCCCCGUGAAAUACAUUUUGUUGUGCUAUGAGCCUCUAUACACAAACGCUUGUACUUGGAAGACAAUAUAAAGUCAGCAUUUCUAUGUAAUAUUUAUCUCUAAUUUUCUGCGUAAUUUUAUGAUAUACUUUGAUACCCCCAAUGACUUACUUAAUAAUAAAGAUCUUAAAAUAAUGCAAAAA